GCCAAUAACUAGUUUACUGGGAGUGCCCUGAUAUGCAUUGCUGUAGCCUGAGUAGAUGAUUUAUUUGUGUGUAUUGGAGAGCAGGAGAGGCCACGCAGAGGCAGGGGAUUGUCCAUCUGAGGCUCAGUGGUUGCUAUGCCCAAGGGGUGACCCUGUGGAUGCCUGGUGGGUUGGGGACCCAUGUGCGCUGGUGGGGCCAUGCCCCCUGGUGGGGCUGUGCCCAUGAUGGCUGCUUGGGUCAAACCUGUGUCUGCUGUAUCUGACCAUCCUGGCAGGACCAAGGGGAACGGUGCCUGCCCAGCCCCGAGGCAGCUCCCGAGGGAGCAGGACAAGCUCCUGGCUGCAGGGCUGGGCUGGGCUCCAGAGGAGCCACAUGGGAUUUUAAAUUGGAGCUGGGCCUUGCUAAUCUCUUUAGUUUGUUUCUCAUGGAGGCCGUGAACCCUGCGUGGGCAGCCCAGCCCCUGCGCUGGUGUUUCUGCAGCUGGGGAAAGGCAGAGCCCAGGGCUUGUCCUUUGCAAGUCUGCAGAAUUCUUCGAAAUGCUGGAAAAAAUGCAGGCACCGAAACUUGAAGAACAGAGGACUGGAAGCCAAAAAAAUAAGGAAGACUACAUCCCAUACCCCAGCAUCGAUGAGAUCCUAGAGAAGGGCAGCCCAUACCCGCUGAUCAUCCUGCCCCAAUUUGGGGGGUACUGGAUUGAAGACCCAGAGAACCUUGGCACGCCCACCUCAUCUGACAGCAGCUUCUGUGAGGAGGAGGAGGAGAACCUCAGCCCCAGCACCUUUGGCUACAAGCUGGAGUGCAAGGGAGAGGCCAGAGCCUACAGGAAGCAUUUCCUGGGGAAGGAUCAUUUAAAUUUUUAUUGUACAGCCAGCAGCCUAGGAAAUCUGAUCCUUUCUAUAAAGUGUGAGGAGGCAGAUGGCACUGAAUAUUUAAGGAUUAUACUCAGGUCCAAGGUGAAGACACUACAUGAAAGGAUUCCCCUGGCAGGAUUCAGCAAGCUUCCGAGCAUCCCUCAGAUUGCAAAGGCCUUCUGUGACGAUGCCUCUGGGCUGAAGUUUAACCCGGUGCUGUACCCCAAGGCCUCUCAGAUGAUAGUGUCUUAUGAUGAACAUGAGGUCAACAACACGUUCAAGUUUGGAGUGAUCUAUCAGAAGUUCCGGCAGACCCAAGAAGAGGAGUUGUUUGGCAACAAUGAGGAGAGUGCUGCCUUCAAGAACUUCCUAAGUUUUCUAGGAGACACCAUAACACUCCAGGACUUCAAAGGUUUUCGAGGAGGUCUGGAUGUCAGCCACGGGCAGACGGGAGCAGAGUCUGUGUACACGGUGUUCAGGGACAGGGAGAUAAUGUUUCACAUCUCUACGAAGCUGCCUUUUACUGAAGGAGACACACAACAACUCCAGAGGAAGAGGCACAUCGGCAAUGACAUUGUGGCAAUUAUCUUCCAAGAGGAGAACACGCCGUUUGUCCCCGACAUGAUCGCCUCCAACUUCUUGCACGCCUACAUCGUGGUGCAGGCACAGGACCCCACGGCAGAGAACACGACCUACAAGGUGUCCGUCACGGCGCGGGAAGAUGUCCCCUCCUUUGGGCCACCCCUGCCCAGCCCACCGGUGUUCCAGAAGGGCCCAGAGUUCCGGGAGUUCCUGCUGACCAAGCUCAUCAAUGCUGAGAACGCCUGCUGCAAGUCCGACAAGUUUGCGAAGCUGGAGGACCGCACCCGGGCCGCCUUGUUGGACAACCUCCAUGAUGAGCUCCAUGGGCACACACAGACCAUGCUGGGGCUGGGGCCCGAGGAGGACAAGCUGGAGAACGGGGGUCACGGAGGCUUUCUGGAGUCUUUCAAGAGAGCCAUCCGGGUGCGCAGCCACUCCAUGGAGACGAUGGUGGGCAGCCAGAAGAAGCACCACGGUGGUGGCAUCCCAGGCAGCCUCAGCGGGGGCAUCGUGCACAACGCUGGUGAGGUGACCAAGACCACCUUCUCGCCCCCUGUUCCAGCAGCUGCCACCAAGAACCAGUCCAGAAGCCCCAUCAAGCGCCGUUCGGGGCUGUUCCCCCGCCUGCACACGAGCUCUGAGAGCCAGGCGGAGAGCAGGACAAGGUGUGACAGUGUUUCUGGAGUCCAGAAGACACCAGAUGUGGGACAUUCUUCUCAAGAGAUGAAAUCUGAAACCUCAUCCAAUCCCAGCUCCCCUGAAAUAUGCCCCAACAAAGACAGGCCAUUCAUUAAGCUGAAAGAGAAUGGGAGGUCAAACAUCUCCCGUUCCUCCUCAAGCACCAGCAGCUUCAGCAGCACAGCAGGGGAAAGCGAGACCCUGGAGGAGUACGACAGUGUGGGCAGCCAGCCAUCCACCGCCUCGCCCUUCAAGCAGGACGUCUUUGUCUACGGCGCUUCGCCCGGCAGCGAGAGCCCGAGCGUGGGGGCUGCAGCCACCCCUGUGAUCAUGAGCAGGAGCCCCACAGCAGACAUAAAGAACAGAAACUCUCCCAGGUCGAACCUGAAGUUUCGCUUUGACAAGCUCAGCCACAGCAGCUCCAGCACGAGCCACUAGCAGGAUGAAGAGGUCACGGAUGCGUACAAGAAAAUUUUUGUUUCAACAAAGGGAAAACUCGACAACAUGCCACUGGAAGCGGCGGGCUGCAGUGCGGUGCCGCUCCCUCCCGCCUGCACCCCGGGAAGCUGCGCUCCCCUCGCCCCAACAGGGACCUGCCCCCUGCCCAGCAGGUGAACCCCACCCUUCAGCCCCCCUCUGCCCGGCGGCAGGAGAAGUGUCCCUGGCUGCAUGACAUACGUGUGGCCAGAGACCCCAUCUCCUCUGCGGCACCGCACUGUAUCAUCCCUGCCUGCUGCCGGUGCUGCCCGUCCCCCCCUGGCCAGGCUGCAGCCCCUCGUGGGCAGGAGGGAGCAGGACGGGCACCCCCACAGUUCAGGUGCCUCUCUGCUUUAUUUGCAGUUAUCAGUGGGGAGAUGGGGUUUUUGUUUUGUUUCUGAAAGGGCAAAAUUAUAUUUUUGCUUAACCCUGGGGCAGUUCCCUGCCCCAUUGUUGGCUGUGACUCUUCUCUGGUGGGGGGACAAAGGCUCCCCCAUGCCCCUCAGCAGUACUGGGCUCUGGGGGAUGCAGCAGCUCCCCAGCCCCCCCCUGCCUGGCCCCUGCAGCUCCCUGCCCACAUGACAAAACUUUCAGGGCAGAUGCAGCCUCUCACUCCAUCCUUACUCAGUUUCUGGUACAGAGGAGGGCAUGUGAACCAGCCCCGGGAGAGCCAGGCCAGCCACUGGGCCUGACUCAUCCUCCUGUGGCAGCUUCAGAAAUGGUUUAUUUGGCCUCCCCACUUUUCCCUCUCUGAAACGCUGAGCACAGGCCUGGAAAGGAGUAACCAAAGCUGAAACUUUAGUAGAUCUAAAUACCAGAGCUGGUGCUCAGGGUGGAUUCACCUGGUGGCUGUGCUUUCCCCUGUGGGUUGGAUCACCAGGCAAGCAAAUGCAUCCAGCCCUGGGGGAUCUGGGUGGCUUUAGGCUUUUCCAGCCCUUGCAGAAUCUGUCCCUCUGCUUUCAAAUGUGGUUUUGUUUGCUUUGAAGGAUGAAGGUUAUGAAUUCUGCAAGGUGAUUCCCCUGUAAUGCCCUUUUCCAAAAAAAUACCUCUCUCAACAUGCCAAGAAAUCCUUUUGCUCUUUCAUGGACCUUUGUCUGAAGUUUCCUGCAGUCUGUCCAUGAAUUUCACGUUGCUCAUAGAUUUCCCUUGUCAGUUUUCAAAAGCUGCACUGCAGUGCUGCAGAGAUGCCCCCCCUGACCGACACCUGGGACUGCAAAAGCAGUUCUCUGAGCUCGUGAUUCCUAAAGAAAAGCAAACUUUGAGUGCCAAAGCAACCUUGUACUGUCUGGAGCUGGUUUGGGGCACCCCUUGGCACAGAGCAGGCAGCCACGGGGAUCCAGGACCUGCCUGGGACUGCAGAGUGCUCUGUAAUGGGAGUGGAACCAGAUUAAAGGGGAAAAACUCUUUGUGAAAAAGGCAGAGAACAAUUUCACAGGCACUAAUUCCCGUGUAGGACCAGUAAAUACUGAUAACCACCAGUGGGGACACUCCCUCCUGCUUUCAGUGAGUUGCAUUUACAUAGGAGUUAAAUCGCGAGGUUUUCUUUGGAAGCGGCCAAGCACCGUGUGCGCAGCCCGUUCCCUGGCUCGCCCGUAGGUGUCUCAGGUUCCACUUCUUUUGCUGUUCAGCACUUCUGUCUGACGAUGCUUCGGUAGCACUUUCAAACCCAGCCCCAGUCCUUCCUCUUAGAAGCUCUCGUCCUGUUUUCUUAUGCCGCACAGUGAAAUACUGACUGGUGCAAUGACUUGAUUUGAGGGUCUGUUCUUGGUUCUGCUUUUUUCCUCUGAGAAGUUGCUUGAUUCUGUAGACGUUGUUGUUCACGUGGGUGUUGAUCUCUGUGAGAUCUUUCAGCAGAUGAUGCAGUGGCUACUGUCAGCUGGUUUUUUCAUUUUGGGGUUUGUCUUUUUUUUUGUCUUUGUCUUUUUUUUUUUUUUACCGAAAACUGUGACUGUCCUUUUUGACCUGGAUUGAUUUGUAGAAUUACUGGAAUGGGAUUAACAGGCAGGCAGGACAGUGUGGAGCUUCAGGAGAGAGAUGCAGUGCUUUGGACUUGUCUUUCCCAGUGCCUACCUACUGGAAUGGCAGUGGUGCCUGGAGCUCAGGUCUGGCACCAGGUUUGCCGGCAGCUCCUGCUUGUGUGGGGACAUUUCCAACAGCAUCCCCGUGGCAGGCUGUGAAACUGGUGCAGCAGCCUUGAUAGCAGCUGGGCCUCUACAGCUCCUGUCCUGGCAUGGUUUGUGCCUGGUGUGCUCCCUUCAGCCCCCAAAGUGUCCCCAGUUGUGCCCUGGCAGUGCUGCGGAGUGACCAGCCGUUCUGUUAAACCACGGAGGCUUUUGCACUUCCAGCAGUGGGUGAAGGUGUUCCUGUAUAUAUACUGCAAAAUGGUUUGUGCUUGUAAGUGACACACAUAGAUAUAUAUAUACACAUACAUAUAUAGAAGGGAUUUUUAUAUAUAAAUAUAUAUAAGAGAAAGGAUCCUUAACUGACACUAAAAGGACUGGGCAGUGCAUUUUUCUUUCUGAUCCCCAUAGUUUACCCACACACAAUUUCCUCCGCUCUCAGUGACUUUGCACAGGGAGGAGAAGGGCUCCAAAACAUGGCUGGGGCAAUCGGGGCAGCCCCAGCUUCCUGGGGGGUUCUCUCCUCUGGUGGCGUGUUGCUCCCCUUCUCAACAGGGUUCAGGUCCUCUGCUUGCUCCUGCUGCGCCUCUUGGUCCUGCUGCUGUUUGGUUUGGACCAGGUUCUGACCCUGGCAAGGGGCAGGUCCAGGCUCUGCCUGGCAGUGGAGCUGAGGGACCCUGCUCCCCUCCACUGUCAGCUCCUGCUGUGGGCCCUGGGGACAGCAGUCAUGCAGAGCUGGCAGCAGCUGCUGCUCCUCUGGGCUUUUCUUCAGGAAAGCACUUAGUGUGUACUUAGAUCCUCUUGAAAUCCCACAAAGCCAAGCACAGGAUUACACUUCAGCACAAUGUGAAAAUGGUUUGGUUUUGGUUUAUUUUUUUUUUUUUUUUUUAGCAAGAAGGGGGGAUCCCAAGCACAAACUCAGUUUCUUUCCAGAGUUUUGAGGGUCUUCAGGAAUGGCAGGUGAAGGGGCCAGGACACACUGCUGGCACAAAUGAGCUUGUAAACCCGGGCUGAGGUUUCCCAGCUGCCUUUGGCUUGGCUGCAAGAGGUGCUUAGUGCUGGUAACUGCAUCUGGCCAGAGCUCAGCACCCUGGUGGGUCCCACCCUGCACUCACGUUGUUUUCACCUGUUCCAGCUUCUGUUCCACUGGAGCUGGCAGAGUGUCAUUCCCCCAUCCUACAGCAUGCUUUCAUUAUGGUUUAAUGAAUGUAGCACUGCACAUAUUCUGUAAAGGGAAAUGCUGAAUUUAUAUCAUUAGAAUGUGAAGAGAGUUUAUAGAGUGAAAAUAAAUAUUGAAGAAAUGUACCUGACAAAGUUUAUUUUUUAUGUAGAGAGGCGGUGCUUUGUAGUUCCUGGUGGCCUAUGUCUGUUGUAAAUAAUGUACAUUUAAUUUAUUGCUAUGGUAGCAGAUUGUAUUUGUUAUGUAUAGAACUAAAGGUUCACAAAUGUAUAUUUUGUUGCUUAAAUGUGUCUUUGCAAAAUUCACAAUAAAUAACAUAUUUUGUGUCCA